UUUUGUUAUGUAUACCAUUUUCUCAUAACACCCAGCUUGUAUAUAAGUGUAUAUAUAUUGCUAUUGUAAAUAUCCUAGGGUAUUAUGACCAUUUCAUAAUUUUCUUGUUUUUAUACUUAAACAAUGUACGAGGAGAUUCAUAAAUGUUUCCUGCUGCUCAGCAUGUUGCUGAUUUGUAAUAAUUAAUAAUUCUAAAUAGCUUUAAAUUAACCACAUCGACCUAUAUAGCCAGUGAGGACGAACCUCUCCGAGAACCGUGAUCCAAUUACGAUCGAGGACUUUCAGAACGUCCAACGGACAAUGUCUACAUAGCUAUCGGCUCCAACUUCGCAAGAACGGAGAAUUCCAGAAACGCGCAUGUUCUCCACCCACAGUCGAAAUUUAGCCAAUCAUUAUUCAUUUCCUUUAAGUACGUCAGCGCUGAUUGGAAAAUUUGUGACACUUUCGGUCAUUGUCAAUUCUAAUGCUACCAUCGCGUUAUUCCUGUUGAUCGAGUGAAGACAGAAAAUGCCACCCGCUGUUCUAUUAAUGUGCUUUUCAUUAAUUACUCUGUUCAACGCCAUACAGUCCAAAUCUGAAAACAAAAAGGAAAUAUGGAGGUUGCCCUUAACAAUUACAGGGGCUCUUACAAAUUCUACCUGUGAGGAAGAAGUUUUUGCAAGAAAUUAUGAAAUAACGAAUUUGUUGAAAAAUAUAUUAAAUUUCAAAUGCGCCACAGCAAGAGUUUCGCGGAAGGUACUCUCUGAAAUGCUGGAAGAUUUUAACAUAUUUGAAUUGGUGCAACUAAAAUAUAAGCUAGCAGAUAUUUCGCAUAUAACAGUACCAGUUACUUUUGAUGCAAUUCAAUAUGUGGACUUCGUUGCGGUCAAUAGAGUUGAAUCGAUUACUUUCAUAAUAAAGCAAAGGAAAAAGAAACUCGAUUGGAAAACAAUUUUUAAUUCAUUUUCAAAACAGAUUUGGAUAGCCUUGGCAUUCUGUGUUAUUCUCUUCGGAUUAAUAUUUCGAAUAUUCCUGCGACACACGGAAGGAAAUCCUUGGACUCUUACAAGUAUAUACUGGUAUCUACUCAGUACAUUAUUGUUUCAAGGAGUGGACACCAGAAAUUUGAAUCGUUCGUCGUCUAGAAUAACAUUUGGAAUUUGGUUGCUAAUGGUAGCCGUAUUGUUGUGGGGUUAUGCGGGAGUUUUGACUUCUUUUUUGGCUGUGCAAGUUGACGAGCCUUUACCGAAAACAUUCGAUGAAUUGGCAGAAGCCAUUAAAAGAAAAGAAUUUACUUGUUAUAUAAUGGAAGGAUAUGAUAUUCAACGGAUUUUACGAGAAACAAAAAUCAAACACUCAGAACUUUUCUUGGAGGAAUGUACCAAAUAUGCAAAGAAAUAUCCAGAAAUCGUAGCGAACGUUACGCUUGUCGAGCAUAUUAUGAAAAAAUUUAAAAGUACGAAACUCCUCUCGGCUCAUCACGUGGAAGUAGAUUACGUAAAGAUGUUCACAAAUAUGUUUAAAAACGAUCGAGUUGCAAUAAUCGCAUCAAAACGUUUCGAAGUAGCUUUUUCCAAGGCAUUCGAAUCGAAGUACGUAACAUCCGAAGACAUACUUUUCACCAUGAAUUACGGACUUCCUGUGAGAAAAGGAUUUCCACAUAAGAAAAAAUUGGAUCGGACCUGUCGAAGACUAACCGAAAGUGGAAUCAUGCGUAUAUCAGAUUCCCAGCGUAUAACUUCUGAUGAAGUUACAAAGCCACUUUCUAUGGAACACAUGUAUGGGGCAUUCGCGAUUCUAUUGAUUGGAAAUAGUCUAGCGUUUGGGUGUUUUCUUGCGGAAGUAAUACUGGGCAAACUGUUCAAAUUCAGAAUGUAAUAUUAAUGGUUUACGUUGUUUCUUACUAUUUGUUGCUUAAAACGUAAAGAUCUUAAGAUUUCAUUAACGUAGAAUUAGAAAAUUUCCGAUAGUUGCAAAUAUUAGUAUACCUUUUUGAAUUCUGCAUGUCCAUAGAAUAUGAGUAUAAUUAGGGAUAAUUUCUUUUCUUGGAGAUUAACAAAGCAAUGUAAUUUUUAUGUUGUGGGUAAACCAAUCAUUUUGCUAUCGGUUUACAUUUGUGUUCUAACAAAAUAAUAGUCUAUAAUUAAUAUAUAUUUAUGUAUAAUUCAUAUCACUUCGGUAUAUUGCGCA